CGUCUUCGUCGGCACAUGUGGCCUGUCCCUCCUUCCGGCGCCACGACUGUAGCUUCUGACUCUGGUGUCUUCACUAAAGAUGGACGCAACAUUGGUGUUGGAGAUUGUGCACUUUUCAAGCCUCCUCGGGAUUCCCCACCUUUUAUUGGAAUAAUUCGCUGGCUAAAAUUAGACAAGUGAGACAGUUUGAGUUUAGGAGUUAAUUGGCUUUAUCGGCCUGUUGAUGUGAAGCUUCUUAAAGGGAUCUCGCCAGAAGCUGCCCCGAACGAGGUCUUCUACUCCUUUCAUAAGGAUGAGAUACCUGCUGCAUCGCUACUGCAUCCGUGUAAAGUCACAUUCCUACGUAAAGGUGUUGAACUUCCUACAGGGAUAUCCUCAUUUGUGUGCAGAAGAGUGUUUGAUACUGAGAACAAGUGUUUAUGGUGGUUAACUGACAAGGAUUACAUUAAUGAACGACAGGAAGAAGUAGAUCAUCUUUUAGACAAGACAAAACUAGAAAUGCAUGGGGCAGUGCCGUCAGGAGGUCGUUCUCCGAAGCCCUUGAAUGGUCCCCCAUCUACCCCACAGUUCAACAAAUCUGGUUCAGAUAGUUUACAGAAUAGUGCAUCUCCAUUUUCUUCUCAACGUAAAGGGAAAAAGAGGGAACGAGGUGAUCAGAGCUCCGAUCCUGUAAAACGCGAGCGGUUAGUUAAGAUCGAGGAUGCGGAGUCUGGCCAGGCCAGAGCGGAAUAUGUUUUGAAGUCCGAGCUUUCCAAAAUAACAGAGAAAGGAGGACUUGUAGACUUAGAGGCAGUGGAGAAGUUAGUUCAACUGAUGCAACCUGACAACGGUGACAAGAAAAUAGAUAUGGCGGGCCGAAUAUUGCUUGUUGAUGUGAUAGCAGUUACUGAUAGAGUUGAUUGCCUUGGGCGAUUUGUACAGCUUAGGGGUUUGGCUUUAUUGGAUGAAUGGCUUCAAGAGGUUCACAAGGGGAAAAUCGGUGAUGGUAGUAGUCCUAAAGAAAGUGAUAAAUCUGUUGAGGAAUUUCUCUUUGCAUUACUUCGUGCACUGGAUAAGCUGCCUGUAAAUCUCCAUGCUCUACAAACUUGUAAUGUUGGCAAAUCUGUGAAUAACUUGCGUACUCACAAAAACUCUGAGAUUCAGAAAAAGGCUAGGACUUUGGUUGACACAUGGAAGAGGCGUGUAGAAGCUGAGAUGAAAAUGAAUGAAUCAAAGUCUGGGUCAAGCCGUGCUGUUACCUGGCCUUCAAAGCCUGCAUCUUCAGAAGUUUCUCAGGUUGGGAGCAGAAAAACUGGAAGUACGUCUGAGGUUGACUCAAAAAGCUGCCCUGUUCUACCUUCGGCAUCUAAAUCUCCUCAAGUUAAAGUUGGCUCUUCUGAAAUUGUUUCAAAAGCUUCUACUUCUCCUGGGUCAACAACGCUGCAGCCAGUAUCCUCUGGUAAUACCUCUAAGGAUCAAAAUUACAGAUUCUUAGUUGGUGCAGGAAACUCUGAACUUCCAUUGACUGCAAUCAAGGAGGAAAGGAGCAGUAGUUCUAGUCAAUCUCAAAACAACAGCCAGUCCAGUGAUCAUGCAAAGACUGUCGGUUCCUUACAUAAGGAAGAUGCAAGAAGCUCAAGUGCUGGUUCUGUUAGUGCAAAUAAACUUUCCAGCAGCUCUUCUCGACAACGGAAAUCAAGCAAUGGUCUUCAUGGAUCUACAGUCUCAGGGGUCCAUAAGGAAACCGGACCUGGAAAAGUUGGUACCCCAAAUAAACAUGUGAUUUCUGAGAAAGCAUCAACAGCCGGAGUAUCUUUUGAGAAGAAUAAUGACAUUCCCAUGGUUGACCAGGCAAGUAGCAGACUAAUUGUGAGGCUGCCGAACACUGGCCGCAGUCCAGCUAGAGGUGCUUCGGGAGGUUCUUUAGAAGACCAUGUUACAGCUGGGAGAGCUUCUCCGUCUGCAGAAAAGCAUGGCAACCAGGACAAAAAACCUAAGGGUAAAAGUGAUGCUUUGCUGGGAAAUAGUACUUCUGAUAUGAACUCAGCUGUAUGUCACAGCAAAGAUGAAUUAUGUGCGUCUGAAGAGAAAAAUGUGCCAGCAAUCUCCAGUGAAGAAAAUAGGGCUGGUGAAGAUGCUGGAAAACCAAUUGAGGAACCGAAGGCUGCUGGUCCUGGAUCAGAAAUUAUUUCAAGAACGGGAAAAUCAUAUGAAGCAUCCUUAAGCUCCAUGAAUGCUUUGAUUGAAAGCUGUGUCAAGUUUUCUGAAGGUGGUGACACUGCUUCACCUGGAGAUGAUGUUGGGAUGAAUUUACUGGCGAGUGUGGCAGCUGGGGAGUUCAAAUCUGACAAUGUGUCACCAUCAUGUUCUCCCUUGAGGAAUUCUCCUGUGACUGAUGGAUCGUUCACAGAAAAAGUUGCCAAAUUGAAAGAACCGAAUGAAGCAUCUGAAACCAAAUGUCUACCUAUUGGCGUGGCUAGUAGCAGUUCUACUGCAGAGCUGAGAAACACUGGUGAUUCAUUGCGGGUGAUGAGUGAAUCAGGACAUUCUGUUAUCUAUCGGGCAGCUAAUGUUUCUGGAGACAUCAAAAGUAGUUCAUCUGGUGAGUGUAAUGAAAAUUUGAAAUUUUCUUCCAAUAUGCAACAAAAUGUUUAUAGACCAUCCCUGGUGGCUGACGGGAAACCUGUCAAGGAUGCUUCUGGAUCGGAGCUGUCUUCAUGUCUUAUAAAAGGGGGUCUUGUGAAGGUUGAAGAGUGUAAUCAGCCUCAUGAGCCAGGAAUAUUAGGGGCUCACAAUCCUAAAGAAUGCAGUACUUCUGAGUGUAAAUCAAAAGUGUCCUCGUCUUUGAAUGAUGAGGAUAAAAUUCUACAUAAAACAGAAGAAAGAACUGUGGGUAGCAGUACUCCUGUUGUGUCUGAAGCAGCCUCUGGGAGUGAAAACGUUGAAAAGGCCAUCGAUUCAUCAACCUGCUGCUCAAUUGAAGUGACUGAUGACAGCCCGGUUCCCAUUAAGAAUUCAAGUAUUGCUCUUUUGGCAGAGCAGGAACUAUCUGGUAUGACAGAAAAUCACUCAGAUUCGAAGGAGGGAAAGAGUCAGGAUGCUGUUGCUUGUUCUGGUUCUGGAAAUACGUUGCAGUUGAAGGGUGAAAACACAGAUGAAGAGAAAACCAUGGAUCGCUCUGAGCAGACCGUGAAAGACAAAAGGGCUAAGAGUGUGGAAAGGAAAGACGCUUUGGAACACAUCAGUGAAUUUUCUGAGGAGACUAAGGCAAGAAAGGAGACUUCUGGUCACUGUUCUGCUAUACCAGUUUCCCAUGUUCAAUCGCUUGUAAUACGUGCGCAAGAAAACCACAAGGCUGGGUGCAAGUUGGAAGCUAUUGAAUCAGGGGUGGAAGAAGAGCGUCAAAUUUCAAGUGUAAAUGCUUCAGUGUCGUUUACUGCUGUAAAGCUGGAUUUUGAUUUGAAUGAAGGUUUCCCUGUUGAUGAUGGUAUUCAACAAGAGUUUGUUAGAACAUUAGAUCCUGGAACUCCAUCUUCUGUUCAUAUUCCUUGCCCUUUACCCUUUCAAAUGUCUUCCAUGUCAGGGAGUUUUCCUGCAUCAAUUACUGUGGUUGCACCAGCCAAAGGUUCAUUUGUCCCACCUGAAAACCCAAUGCGGAGUAAGGGUGAACUUGGAUGGAAGGGAUCUACAGCUAGGAGUGCAUUCCGACCUGCUGAGCCCCGAAAAAAUUUGGAAGCACCAAUUAGUACAAGUGAUGCACCUGUUGACACUGCUUCUAACAAACAAAGCCGCCCGCUAUUGGACUUUGAUCUCAAUGUGCCUGAUGAGAGAGUCUAUGAGGAUGUUGUUUCCCAAACCACUGCACAUGUCAUGGAUCACAAGUCUGGGUCUCGUGAUCGUGGUGCUGGAGGGCUUGAUCUCGAUUUGAAUAGAGUUGAUGAGAGUCCUGAUAUUGUGACACAUCCUGUGAUCAACAAUUCUAGGUUAGAGAUACCUCCGCCAAGUAGGUCAUCAUUAUCUGGUGGACUAUCUAAUGGUGGGAUAAAUGACUCCAGAGACUUUGAUUUGAACAAUGGCCCUGGCCUCGAUGAAUUUGUGUCUGAAGCUACACCCUAUACCCAGCAGCAUAUAAAAAGCAGUGUGCCUCUUCGGACACCAGUGUCUGGCUUAAGAAUGAAUAACCCUGACUUUGGGAGUUUUUCAGCAUGGUUCCCUCAUGGAAAUUCAUAUCCUGCCAUCACAGUCCCACCCAUUUUUCCAGGCAGAGGUGAACAGAGUUACGGUGCUGCUGCUGGGUCACAGAGAGUCUUGUGUCCAACCAUUGGUAACACCUCAUUUUGUCCUGAAAUGUACCGGGGGCCUGUACUGUCUUCCUCAACUGCAAUGCCGUUUCCUCCUGCUACUACAUUUCAGUAUCCAGGAUUUCCUUUUGAAACCAGUUAUCCUCUUUCAUCGGGCUCCUUUUCAGGUUGUUCACCUGCAUAUGUUGAUUCAACUUCUGGUGGGGCACUCUGCCUCCCCACCAUGCCUUCACAGCUCAUGGCACCAGGUGGUGUAGUCUCAUCACCUUACCCACGACCGUAUAUGAUGAACCUUGCUGGCAGUAGCGGUAAUGCUGGCCUUGAUGGUAGGAAAUGGGGUAGUCCGGGCCUUGACCUUAAUUCUGGGCCUGGAGGUGCAGAAGUAGAAUGGAGGGAUGAGAGGUUGCCAGCAGGGUUGAGGCAGCUUGCUGUUCCCAGUUCACAAGCCCUUGUAGAGGAACAGAUGAAAUUGUAUCCGGUGGGAGGGUUAUUAAAGCGAAAGGAGCCUGAUAGUGGAUUGGUUGCUGUUGAUCGCAUGAGCUACAAGCAACCUUGGCCGUAGAAUAGAAUCACAGUAUGGUGCAGAAACCUGUAAUGGCCUGCGUUUCAGGGUCUUGCAUUGGAACAUACAGCUGAUGUGGAGGUCAAGAGGCAAAUGCUAAAGGGCAGGAAUAGGUGUUCAUUGUGCAGCACACCGACUUUGGAGAACCAUGAUGCCCUGGAGGUGAUUUAUUUAAAUGGAUCUGUUCUAAUGGGCUCUGAAAACGAGUUUUUCAGUGUAGAUAUAUAACCCAUGGAAAUCACCUUUGAUGUUGCUGCCUAAAGCUGAGUCACGGGUACUCAGUGUUCUGACUUGUACCCACUCAGGUACACACUGCUACCCCAAUCCUCACCGGAUCCUCUUUAUAGGGGAGACUAGGUUGUAUGAACCGCCUGGUCAAGGUCGGCUUGUAUUCUUCAUUAUUUUUUUCACCCCAGUUGUUACAUAUAUAGUUGUUACUUAGUCAGGACUCAUGACUUCAGAAUUUUAUCCCGAAACAUUCUGGUUAUUGAAAUUUGCACAGGCAGCUUAUCGUUUUUCCUUUGUAUUAUAAGUUAUAACCUAGAGUCGGGACCUUUUCUUCAACAUAAAGAAUGUUGGAUAGAGACUACACUUUUGGUGCAUUUGAUUCAUUUGUAAAAUGAAAUGGCUUCCAAUGACAUCAUGAAUUUCCAAGAUGUUGCUGACUGGUUUUGAAUCGGGUUUUCCUUU